UUUUCUCUUUUGUCCUCAAGAGGGAACAACAGUCACAGAGACUUUGGAGUUGUUUACAAUUUCUCUUUUAAUGGUUCUCUUAAUUUCUCAAUUAAUUUGGAAAUAAUUAAAGGUGAUACAAUUAAUUUUAUUACGAAAAUUGUUUAAUUAACUUAUCCUCUUUAAUUUGAUGUACAACAUGACCAAUGUUUUUGUAUGUGAUGAAUCAACUUUAAAUGAAAACUGUUCAGAUAGUGAAACCUUCCCAAGAGCUAUUCUUACCUGUAAGGGUAAAGCCUCGUUUCGAGAUCGUAAUCUCAAUUUAUGCCAACCUGUUAAAAUUGGUCGAGCUGUAGGUAAAUGUCGACCUACAGCAGAAAAUGGUGUCUUCGAUUGUAAAGUUUUAUCACGUAAUCAUGCUCUUCUCUUUUAUGAGAAAAAUAAGUUUUUCCUUCAAGAUACUGGAAGUUCCAAUGGUACCUUUGUUAACGAUGUACGUUUAUCUACUUCAAAUGAAAAUUCAUUACCCAAACAAGUAUUUUCCGGUGAUCAUGUACAGUUCGGAGUGGAUGUUACAGAGAGCACCAAAUAUUUAACAAUACCUUGUAUAGCUGCAUCACUAAAACUUUAUCACCCCGAUGGUUCCGAGGCAAAGGCUAUCGAGUUUGGUUUAAAUUCAAAUGUUAAACAUUUCAACGCUUUUGAGCUAACUGGUUGGCUGCAAGAGGCUCGCCAAAGAGAGGAGGCUUUACGUAAUAAAUUGGUCACCUUGAGUGCGGUAAUACACAAGGCUGUUUCAGCGUCACAAAACAGUUGGAAAUCUAUGAUUGAAGAAGAUGUAUUUUUAUCCAGAAUUGAAUCACUUCAAACUAGAAUUAAAUCACUUCUCGAAUCACCUGAUCAUAAUAAACCUGAUGAGGUGAUUGUUCAUCUUUGGAAAGAGGUUAUGAACUUACAAGAGGAAAGAGAAAGAUACGAGACAAAGGCAAAAGAAGCAAUACAAAAUGUACUACAAGAAAAGCUGCUGGUAAUUUCUAAAAAUUAUGAACUUCAAGUUGCGUUAAAUAGUGCGGAAGAGCAACGAGAUCAUUAUAAAAACGCUUGUGACUCUCUGUUGGAAGAGAUGAAAAAAUUGGCCGAAGAACACGAUAAACAGUUCAAAGAGUUACAAGAGAUGCAAGAGAAUUACAAAGUAUUAGCUGCAGCCUUUGAGAGUAUCUCUAAAGAAUCCAAAUCGUUAGGAAAUAAAUCACAACAAUUAACGGAAGAGGAAACAAGCGAAAAAGGAAAACCUAAAGAAAAUGGUAUCGAUGAGAAUCACAGAAGGGAAAACUCUUUUGAUAAAAAUUGUGAUCAACUAGAUGAUUCAAUGGUCGAGGAUAAAUAUUCGACUAUCAUUAAAGAGAAAAAAGUUGGUCAAUUAAAUUCGUCAUCUGAUGAUGAAUUGAUCCGUCCACAAACACUUCCAUCAGCUGAUAGAAUAACUCGUCGAACUUCAUAUUCGACGGCAAAAUUAUUUAUGGAAAAUGAUGAUGAAGAUACUAUACAAGAUUUAAUUUCAUCUUUAGGAUAUAAAACUCGUGCCAGUAACAUAAGUGAUUCACGAAUAUCAGAUUCUCGAGAUAAAUUGUCAGAAUUUAGACAAGCAAUCCAAAAGCAUAUUGAAUCACAAUCAGCUCUCUCCUUGAUGUCAUCAGAAUUAAAUCCAGAGGAAAUGGUUGUUGGCAAUAAUCAAACACCCGAUGAAUCAAUAACAACCCAAUCAAAUGUAUUAACUAAUGAAAAGAAAUCCCUUGAUUUGGAUAAUUCAACCGGACAAUUAAACGAUGGUCAACAGAGUGAUGACUACGAUGAAGAGGAAAGCGAUUGUAACACUGAUGAUGAAACAAAUACAACAAUCGGAAAUGGCGAUUCAAUUGUUAAUUCAUCUCAAGAAAAUAUUGCUGAUUAUUCACCUAAAGACAAUCAAUCAUUUGGUGAUGAUUCGUUAAUUGUAGACGAAACAUUAAUUUCAAAUGAAACUAUUUUAGAAGCGCCGAUAAAGAUGAUGAACACGACGACAACACCAACAACGGUGAUGAUGAUGUCGAUACCUGUGAUAAAUGAAUUAAAAGUUGGCACCAUUGAUGAAACGGAUGCCGUUAACUUUAAGCCAUAUAAAUAUGAUGAUAAUGAAAAGCAAGUUGCGAGUGUCACCGAUAAACAGAAUGAAAUGACUAAUUACGAAAUUAAAAAGGAUUACAAACCUUUAUCAUCUUCUGCCAAUACCAAUAUUGUGCCAAAAGAAAACAUGGAAAUGCCACCAAUUAGCCCAACAAUUAUUGGAAAUAAUUACAAUAGUGUUCAAACUGAAGCUCAAUCAAUGAGUGACGAUAAUAUUACAAGUAAAAUUAAUGAAUCUAGUCUGUUGAUUGACAAAGAUUACCCAGCUAAUAAAUGGGAAACCAACAUGGGAUUUAAUAUAUCUUUGUUUUUUUUCUCUCUCUCAUUUUUUCUCUCCUUUUUCAUCCCAUUCUCUCUCUUCUUCUUUUUCUCAUCUUUUUUCUUCUUCUCACUAAUUCUAUCCCGUUUCAUCCAUAGUCUUGUCUUUUGUCUCUAUCAAUUAAUCCUGUUCACUCUUCUCUUUUUUCUCACCUUUUUCUCUUCUCUAUCAUCUUUCUUUUUUCCACUAUUCUCCCUUCUAUUUAUCAUAAUAUACCUUUUCCUAUUUUUCUUCUUUUUCCUUUCUAUUUACUUCUAAAAGGAGAGAAAAACAAAAAAAAACGAAGAACCAGAAAACAAGAAAACAAGAAAAUCGAGGAUAAACAAAACAAAAAGAAAAAUCAACAAAUCAACAAAUCAACAAUUUUCCCUCUCUCUCUCUCUCUUUCUCCAUGCAUCACAAACAAAAACACCAAAAUUAUAUAAUCGCUCUCAAAUCUUUCUAUUGAACAGUUGCACUGUAAACGUUGUAAAAAAAUCUAAUAUUCUAUGACAUUUCUAAUAAACAAAUUAUCACAAUUGGAAAAGUUAA